ACCAAUCAUAUUUCCAUUUUCUCUCUUCUUCUCCACCAACACCCACCCCCAAUAAAUAUAAAUCCCCCAUCUCUCCCUCUCUCAAGUUUUCUCUGUGAAAAAAGGGAUGAGCGAUCUUAAGGCCAAGUUUCUGGAGGUUUACUCCACCCUCAAAUCAGAGCUUCUCAAUGACACUGCUUUCGAGUGGACCGAUGAUUCUCGUCAAUGGGUCCAGAGGAUGCUGGACUACAAUGUACCUGGAGGGAAGCUGAACCGUGGGCUCUCUGUUAUUGAUAGCUACCAGUUGCUGAAAGAGGGGAAAGAACUAAGCACUGAGGAAAUUUUUCUGACAUCUGCCCUAGGCUGGUGUAUUGAAUGGCUCCAAGCUUACUUUCUUGUUCUUGAUGAUAUAAUGGAUGGCUCUCAUACACGGAGAGGUCAACCAUGUUGGUUCAGAUUGCCAAAGAUUGGAUUGAUUGCUGCUAAUGAUGCAAUACUACUUCGCAACCAUAUCCCAAGAAUUCUCAAGAAACACUUCAAAGGGAAGCCUUAUUAUGUGGACUUGUUGGAUCUAUUUAAUGAGGUGGAAUUCCAAACCGCCUGUGGGCAGAUGAUUGAUCUGAUUACCACUCUAGAAGGGGAGAAAGAUUUGUCAAGAUAUUCAUUGCCACUCCACCGCCGGAUUGUAGAAUACAAGACUGCAUACUAUUCAUUUUACCUCCCGGUGGCGUGUGCACUUGUCAUAACUGGUGAAGAUCUUGAUAAGCAUGUCGAUGUGAAGAAUAUACUUGUAGACAUGGGUAUCUAUUUUCAAGUACAGGAUGAUUAUCUGGACUGUUUUGCUGAGCCAGAGGUUCUUGGAAAGAUUGGAACAGACAUUGAAGAUUUUAAGUGCUCGUGGAUGGUUGUGAAAGCCUUGGAGCUUUCUAAUGAGGAGCAAAAGAAGAUUUUACAUGAGAAUUAUGGAAAUAAGGAUCCUGCUUGUGUAGCUAGGAUUAAGGCGCUUUACAAUGAUCUCAAGCUUCAGGACGUGUUUGCAGAGUACGAGAGCAAUAGCUAUGAAAGGCUGAUUAGUUCGAUCAACGCUCAUCCAAGUGAAGCAGUUCAAGCAGUGUUGAAGUCAUUCUUGUCCAAAAUAUACAAGAGGCUCAAAUAGGAAAGCUUUGCUAUAAAGAAAUUUGCUUUGUAGUUAUAUAUCACUCAUUUAUUGGGUUCAAAGUGUUGGUAUUUGGUAUGUCCCCAUUUGUUCUAAUUGUAUUCACAUUAUUAUAUACUACAUAAAGUUGUAGCAUAGUUUUAAAAUAAAGACUCAUUUUGAGUAUAGGGAAACAUCACAUUCAAGUCCUAAAUGAAGGUUCAUUUGAUUUCAAGAUUUUAGGGUUGUUUUUACUUUGAAGGCAAAAACGAUGUACUCCUUUUUAUCUUUUUCUUGAGAUAUGUUCUUUUGUUCUUUUCAAUUCAAGGCUUUGUUUGGCAAUAAAUGGUUUCAUUUACA